UGUUAAAUUCGCGCAUUUUCAAGCACUCACCUCUGAAAUGACGUCUCGAGUCGUUGCUUUAAUUGAUAUGGACUGUUUUUAUUGUCAAGUGGAAACCAGAAUGCGGCCCGAACUGCUUGGCACUCCAGUUGCUGUCGUGCAAUACAAAACAUGGAAAGGCGGAGGGAUCAUUGCUGUGAACUAUGAAGCCAGGGCAGCAGGAGUUACCAGAUUUAUGAGAGGAGAUGAGGCCAAAGCUCAGUGCCCUUCCAUCACUCUCUGCAGCGUUCCUGAAGUUAGAGGCAAAGCAGAUCUGACCAGGUAUCGGGAUGCUGGCCGAGAGGUGAUAAAAGUCUUCAGCGAGAUGUGUCAAUGCGUUGAACGAGCCAGUAUUGAUGAGGCAUUCAUUGACUUGACGGAUGUUGUGGAAAAGCGGCUCAGUCAGCCUGUGUCAGUGGGUCAGUUACCCAACACGUUUGUUGUUGGAUUCACUCCUUCAGAAGUCAACGACAAUGAGGAAGGCAAGAAAGGAGUAUCAGAAUGGUUGGAAUCUUUGUAUGACUCAGAAUUAGACGAUGUGAACACUAAAAAAUUGGCUGUAGGUGCAGUUGUGGUUGAAGAAAUGCGAGCGGCUGUGUAUGCUAAAACAGGAUUUAGAUGCUCAGCAGGAAUAGCCCAUAACAAGAUUAUAGCAAAAUUGGCUGCGGGGUUGCACAAACCAAAUCGACAGACGGUUCUUCCAAUGUCAGGUGUUCCUAUUUUAUUUAGCAAUUUGCCUGUGAAGAAAGUUCGUAAUCUGGGUGGGAAACUCGGUGUGGCCGUGGUAGAACAACUUGGAUGUCAGACAAUGGCUGAUCUUGCUCCCUUUGCCCUCAAAGAGCUGCAGAAUCGGUUUGAUGAGAAAACUGGGACAUGGCUCUAUAAUAUUGCUCGAGGAAUAGACCACGAACAGGUGGCAGCAAGACUGAUUCCCAAGUCGAUUGGUUGCUCAAAACGAUUCCCUGGUAACUCAGCGUUAGCAACCGUAGAGGAAGUUACCCAUUGGCUGAAUGAACUAUCUGCGGAAGUUUCAGAAAGGUUGAAGGAUGAUCAAAUCCUGAAUAAUCGCACCGGAAAAGUGUUAACUGUGAUGGCAGCAUUUACUGUAGAAAAGAAAUGGAAUUCAUUCACUCGAUCUGGGCCAUUACACUCCUAUGAAGAGGAUAAAAUAUCAGAAACAGCCAUGGCCCUCAUCAAGAAGUCAAAUACUGCGCCAGUUAUUUCAGGUGCCUGGGAGCCGCCACUUAUAAAUUUGGGCCUCUCUGUUGGCAAAUUCAUCGAUACUCCCUCAGGAUUCAAUAGAAUCAAACAGUUCUUUUCGAUGCCAACGACCUCGAAAAAUUUCUCAGAAGAAAACCCCAGAACUUCACUUCAUGAGAGUACUAAUAAAGAAUUAUCACAUGACAUUAAUCCAGGAAACAAAAAACAAUCACUCGCUGUUCCUCCUAGUACAGAAUCUUUACUUGAAAAUAAGAAUAAAGAAGAAGAACAAGAUAUCUUUAUGGAAGAAAGUUCAAGCAAGCUUGGAUGUGCAUCUAAAAGUGAACAGUCAGAGGAGAAGCCUAGGUCAUUCUUAGCUAAAUAUUUCAAGCGUCGCAAAGAAAAGGUCAAUGAACACAAUGAGAUCAGUAACGAAGGCAGUAAUAUUUCUAACGACUAUCUACAGAAUUGUGAAAGUAAUGAAGCAAAUUUAAUUUCUGUCUCAGAGGAUGAAAAACCGCCAACAACGUUUCAGAACAUUAGCAGCAUUCUAGGUAUUAAGAAAGCAGAAGAUAAGCCUUCAACCAGUUUUUUCCAGCCAGAUUGCAAUUCCACUGCGCUAGACUCAUCCGAUAUGAAAAACAAUUCAAGCGAUGUAAGUAACGAUGCAGAAAGCAAUGACUGUUGGCAAACUAUUAGUGAAAUUUUUCCUGACUUGGACAACAUUGACCUAGAGGUGGUGCAACUGUUACCAAAGAAUUUACAAGAUGUCAUUUUUAGUUCAGGUCGAGUUAAGAUAGAUUCUAAGAAGGACAUGCCACAUGCAAGCAAAUCUGUAAAUCCCCUUCAAAAGAAAAUUGGGAGAGGUCGCCCACCUAAGAGGGAAAAAGUUACAGACAAGACUUUAAGCCAGUAUUUUAAGUCCAGUGAACUUUCAACAACAGCAUCACUCAAAGAAGAGAAACGUCCAAAUUGUACUCUCAGUCAGUUUUUCUCAAAACAUGACACAAAAAAGGAGCACAGUGACACUGCUACAAAACAAGAAAAAAGUGACGAUGAUAUCGAUUCGAACAAUCCAAAGAUCGACCGUCACGAAACGAACGACAUUGAAAUCGAUGACAUGGGCCAGAAAGACUUCAGCAUGGAAAAAAAUGAUCAUGAAGAGGAGAGUACAGAGUCUAUUAUUUGCAGCUGCGAUAUUUUUGAGGUGGAAGAUGAAAAUGAAAAGUUGGAUAGAGAGGUGGUGAAUUAUGAAGCUGCGUCAGCAGGCCCCAGUCGUCAAAGGUUGUCUCCUGUGAUGAGCUGUGAUCAAGGUCCAUCAAUCAUGGAAGAAUCUGCCAUUGAUAUGUUCCACGAGAACAAAUCGUCACCGGCCAGUAAACUGGAGACUGAACAGGAGAAUGACUCCGAUGUGAUCAAUAAAUUAACGCCUGUGAUCUUGACAGAUAGGAUCGUUGAUUUGAGCACAAAAAAAUGCAGCCUUUGCAAUGAGGAAGUAAUGGUAGCUGGAUUAGUCGAACAUAUGGAUUUUCAUGCAGCCGUGUCAUUAGAUAAAGAAUUGAAUUCCGCGGAUGCAGCUGUAAUGCCAAUUAUCAAUAAAUCUACAAGCUCCACAACCAAUGCUAGAAUUUCAAAGCCAGGAACAGGUGGUAAAAAUUUCAACAGUAGCGGUGUUAGUACAAAACGGAAGAAAAACCAGGCAGGGAAGAGUCCAAAAAAGUCAAUGAACAUAGCUUCUUUUUUCACAGCAAGGUGACAGCAAUAAAUAGUGUACAUAUUGCAAUAUCUGAGAUUUUACUGAAAAGCUGGAUAAAGACAGUUGGUUUAGUUGAAAGUCUAUUAAAUCUUAGCAUAUCAAUAAUAUCAGAAUAGCCAGUGCCUAUACUCUCUUGGUAUUCUUUGUAUAGACUCUUUCACUGCUAGAAUUCUCUGUUCAACCAGUGUUCCUAGAUUAACUAAUUUAUCAUUAAAAUAAACAAUUAAAUAUAGUACUAUGAGAAGGCAAAUGAGCGGUUUAUCAUUGGUGCGUUUUUACAAAGCUGAUGCUGAAGAUGUGAUUUCUUUGUUAAAAAAACGGCUAAAAGUGGCAAUCUUUACUCCAGAAGUGGUCUGUUCCUGAUGUGAAAUCUUAUGUCAUGCUGACUAAACUUUAGUCUUUAGGAAAAUUGUUUACAGUUUCCUGGAUUAUUUCUGAACCAGGGAGCUUGUGUUAGGCUGUGUAUUUUAAUUUUUACCAAUUAUUAUGAUUCUUUUUCUUUUCCAAAGUUUUACGUCUCAUGACAUAUUUGUUGAUUGUUUGUGAUAAUUUUUAAGAAACAAUUGUUUUUAGCUUAAGUUUGAGUACCUAAUCGAAAUUGUGUUUGUACAUAUUUAUUUAUGAAUGUUUAUUUUAAUAAUUGUGUCGUACUAAAGUUUCUAGCGAUAUUUUAUACCCAAACGUUUUAUAUUUAAAGGUUUCCUUUUUUGAACUGAUUUUUGUAUUUUGUCAAAUCAGCCAACAAGUCUUUGAGAUCCAAUUUUUCCAAAAAUUGGUCACAAACUCUUAAAGAAUUUAUGUUCUCUUCUCUCUUCUGUAGAGAAAUUUACCUACCUAACUGCACAAACCAUUAUGACUGUACGAUUUUAUACUCCAGGUACUGAAAAACCUUUUAAAAAUCUCAAAUACAAAUUCCAAAAUUUCA